AUGGCAGACGAACUCGAUAGGCUUGCGGAAGAGCUGAAAUGUGUUACUUUCAAAGAUUUGGAAGAUGGUCAAAAAAGUGUUUUCAUUGUUACAGCUAAAACAUAUAUAGAAGAAGGAAAAUUAAACGAAGUAUACAAAGUAUUCAGUAAUAAGGAUUAUGAGGUCUUACUGAAAUCUGUUGGAUGGGAUCUUCUGCCAUGUGUUUGUACUUAUCUCGCGAAUAAAAAUUCAGGAGAUGAAAAUGCAUUACAACUACUGAAUAACAUUGCUGUGCUUCCUGACACAACGAAUAUGAAUGAGAGAGAAAAAAAACUACUGAUGCUAGAAGACGACAGUUUUGACAGAGCUGAGAAAACAUUAACAGCAUUAUUAGACUUCAUAACACCCUUUGUAUUCGAAAUUGGUAAAGCUAUGCAGAAGACACUAACUAAGGAAAACCAAAUAGAGAAUCUGAAAAUGAAAGUUGAAAUUGAAAGAUUGUAA